AUGGCGCCACGCAAGAUACGGUUGCUUGGGCUGCACGGCAAGGGCACCUCGGCAAGGAUCAUGAAGACGCAGAUCAAGCCCAUUAUUGACGCACUCGGCGGCAUUCUCGAAGUUGACUUUCUUGAUGGUGGACAUGUCUCUUGUCCUUACCAGGGCAUCGAAAGCGUCUUCCCGAGACAGGCUUACUACUCUUGGUACGAGCAGCCGACCGCGGCAUCCUUGCAAUCGGCACACAAGAGAGUUGCAGACCAACUUUGCAUCUCAGUCGACAGGACUGUAAAGGAGAUUCCGAAGCAGAUGGUCAGCAUCGGCACCACUCUUGAAACGCAAGGGCUUGGCAUCUAUACGCCGCCGGAGACGCCGACUCCCUCUGCUCGUGCCGAUGCAGCAGCCGAGAUGUCGUUCUACAGGUCUUUGGCCUCGCAACCUGCGCUGACUACUGGUAGCAUGGGAGCUGCCAAUGGGCCAAGUGGAUUGAUCCAUCGACGCUUGGCACACGUAGCAGCCGGGCUCGACACACCUGACUCGUAUCCACGCACGCCGAUGGACGCUGCAAUCCCACCCUACCAUGGCUUGAUCUGCUUUUCGCAGGGAUGUGCAGUAUCCACGGGACUACUGUUGGAGCUGAGUGCCAAGUUAGCUUACCGUGGAACGUUGCAGGUGCAAUUUGUCAUCCUCAUCUGCGGUGGACGGCCGUUUGAUCGGAAGGGAACGUUGGAGAGAGUGGAUGCAUCGGGCAUUGUGCCGAUCGAUCUACCGAGCGUACACAUUCAGGGCCGUCAAGAUGCCGGAUUGGAGGAGUCGAAGAAGCUUGCAUCCCUGUAUAGCGAGUCGGGCAAGCAAGUCAUUGAGCUUGACAUCGGACACUCUCCGCCUCGACGCACUUCGGACGUUGGCAUCGUAGCGGCUGCUAUUCGCAAGGUAGUCUCCCAGCUCAUCUGA